AUGUGGCCCAUCUUGUCCACUGGCCCACCUUGUGGCCCACCAUGUAGCCCACCUUGUGGCCCAGCCUGUGGCCCAUCUUGUCCACUGGCCCACCUUGUGGCCCACCAUGUAGCCCACCUUGUGGCCCAGCCUGUGGCCCACCCUGUGGCCCACCAUGUGGCCCACCAUAUGGCCCACCUUAUAGCCCACCUUAUAGCCCACCAUGUGGCCCACCCUGUGGCCCACCCUGUAGCCCACCUUGUGGCCCACCCUGUAGCCCACCCUGUGGCCCACCCUGUAGCCCACCCUGUGGCCCACCCUGUAGCCCACCCUGUGGCCCAGCCUGUGGCCCACCCUGUGGCCCAGCCUGUAGCCCACCCUGUGGCCCACCCUGUGGCCCACCCUGUAGCUCACCCUGUGGCCCACCCUGUAGCCCACCCUGUGGCCCAGCCUGUGGCCCACCCUGUGGCCCAGCCUGUGGCCCACCAUGUGGCCCACCAUGUGGCCUACCCUGUGGACCACCAGUUAACUCCUGUCAACACAAUCUGA